CGGGCACCGCGCGCACCUGUUCACGCGACUCAGGAAACAAACCGCAUGCAGACCGUUACUUCUCUGCGACACUGACUUCUCUUCAGCUCGCGUUUAAUCUUUCCAAACCUUACAUUAUAUCUUAUGAGACACGGAAAAUGAUAUUUUUAAAGAUUUUAAGACUGCCUAGUGGGUUUGUUGGGUUACUUUAUAAGGACUUAGUUAAGAACAGCACAGUGUUUAUGAAUGACGCGAGGAGAUCGUUCAGUGUAUCACCGUGGACACGCGGGAGCCACGAGACUCUCGCACCUGUAGCGGCAGAUUCUCUUGCAUCUAAUACGAGAAACAUGAAUGGUAAAGGCUUAUUCUUUGGUUUGGAGGACAUGCUUUUCUACACUAUAACUCGAGGAGCUGAUAAAAUUCCCGUAUCUCACUUCAUUGCUGCUGUAAAAAGCACCGGCCUUCUUACAUCUGACCCCAGACUGCGCGACUGCAUGGACAAGAUCCGUCAGGCUGUCCGGGAAUCUGCUGAUGCCAUGAUGGACCGCGAGCUCUUCCGAAAGUGUGUAGGAGGGAACAUUGUCCUGCUGAGUCUCGCUUUCCGACGGAAGUUCAUCAUUCCUGAAUUUGAGGAAUUUAUGGGUAUGAUCAACCAGAUUUACAACAGGUGUAAACAGCAUGAAGAUGGACAGGUGGCAAGGUAUAUUCCCCAUCUUACCAAGUUUAGUCCUGAUUUAUGGGGCGUCUCUCUCUGCACAGUAGAUGGCCAAAGGCAUUCGGUGGGAGACACAAAGGUGCCGUUUUGCUUGCAGUCGUGCAUGAAGCCGCUCGAAUACGCCAUCGCUGUACACGAACACGGAACGGAAGGAGUUCACAGAUAUGUGGGAAAAGAGCCGAGCGGAUUCACGUUUAACAAACUCUCUCUGGAUGAGGAUGAUAAACCUCACAACCCAAUGGUCAACGCUGGUGCCAUUGUCAUCAGUUCACUUAUAAAGCCUCGUGCCAACAAGGCGGAGAAGUUUGACUAUGUGAUGGAGUUUGUGAAGAAGAUGACAGGCAGAGAGUAUGUAGGCUUCAGCAAUGGAACUUUCCAGUCAGAGAAGGAGACCGGAGACAGAAACUUUGCAAUAGGAUACUACCUUAAAGAGAAGAAGUGUUUCCCUGCUGGGGCGGACAUGAUAGACGCCCUCGACUUCUACUUCCAGCUGUGCUCCAUCGAGGUCACGUGCGAAUCCGGCAGCGUGAUGGCGGCGACCUUGGCUAACGGAGGCAUCUGUCCGAUCACGGGCGAGAGAGUCCUGAGCACAGAAGCCGUACGAAACACGCUCAGCCUUAUGCACUCGUGCGGGAUGUACGAUUACUCCGGACAGUUCGCUUUUCACGUUGGGUUACCUGCCAAGUCAGGUGUGUCGGGUUCAGUGCUGCUGGUCGUGCCGAACGUGAUGGGCGUCAUGUGUUGGUCGCCCCCUUUGGACAAAUCUGGUAACAGCGUACGAGGAAUCCACUUCUGUCAGGAACUGGUGUCGUUGUUUAACUUUCACAAUUAUGACAAUCUGAGGCAUUUCGUAAAAAAGCAGGACCCCCGCAGACAGUUUGGUGAUGACAGGAACAAGACGGUGGUGAAUCUGAUGUUUGCCGCACACAGCGGAGAUGUCUCUGCUCUGAGGAGGUUUGCUCUUUCAUCUAUGGAUAUGGAACUGAAGGACUACGACUCUCGUACGCCUCUCCAUGUGGCUUCUGCAGAGGGUCAUGUGGAUGUUGUGUUGUUUCUGACACAGACGUGCCAAGUCAACCCCCUUGUGAAAGACCGGUGGGGAAACAUUCCUCGAGACGACGCCAUGCAGUUCGGCCACACGGAUGUGGUGAAGAUCUUACAGGAAUACGAGCAGAACUUCAGUCCAGAAACUUCUCAGACUGACGCCGGUGAACUGAACAGUCAACCCAAACUGACAUCGAUAGAAAGAAGAGUCUGAUCUGUUUGGAUUGCUCAAAGACUAUCAGAUUAAUAUAAACACAUCUCUAUAAUGCAGUGUAUAUUUUAUUUUGCUUGUAAAUAUGGGAUUGAUGUAAAUAACUUGUGUAAUAUUCAUGUUCUGAAUAAAGUUCAACAAUGACCCAUAA